AUGGCGGCCCGACGCUGGCGCUGCCUGGGCUUCGCAAUCGCCGCGUCGGCCCUGCGCAUACCCACGGCGCCGCGGUCGCGCGCCGCGGUGUGCAUCGAGCCUCGCUUCGAGCCUCGCACGCGCCGCCGUGCGACGCCGAGCGAGGUGCGCGACGGCAGCGACGACCGCGAGGGCUUCCGGCCGGCCGUCGUGGACACGGCGCCGCCGGUGGCCGCCGCCGUGGGCGUCGCCGUCGGCUUCGUCGUCCUGGGAUCAGCGGCCUACGACGUCGUCGUCGAGCCCGGCUGGUCGCUCCUCGACGCGUGCUACUUCGUCGCCGCGACGGUGAGCACGGUGGGCUACGGCGACCUCCGGGUCGAAUCCGACGCCGCGAAGCUGUUCACGGCGCUCUACUGCCUCGUGGGCGUCGCCGUCGUCGGCCUCGUCUUCGGCGAGAUCGUCGCGUCCGCCCUGCUCGAGGCCGAGGCCAGCGUCCUGCGGCCGUGA